GGCUGACUGUGCUGACGCCACAUCCGUCACCGGAACCCGGAAGUGUGUUGGCGGCGGAACCGGGGCUGUUGACACUCGGACGGGCGACCAUGGCUACCGACGUGCGGCAGGAGCUUGCACAGCUGAUGAACUCCAGCGGCUCCCACAAAGACCUCGCGGCCAAAUAUCGACAAAUCUUGGAAAAGGCUGUCCAGUUCACAGAUGCAGAUCAGCUGGAGUCCUUGAAGGCCUUUGUUGAAGCAAUGGUCAAUGAAAACGUGAGCCUGGUCAUCUCCAGACAGCUUCUCACCGACUUCUGCACGCAUCUGCCCAACCUUCCCGACGCCACAGCCAAAGCCGUGUACCACUUCACCUUGGAAAAGAUCCAGCCCAGGGUCAUUUCCUUCGAGGAGCAAGUCGCCUCCAUCAGACAACAUCUGGCCACCAUUUACGAAAAGGAGGGUGACUGGAGAAACGCCGCCCAGGUUUUAGUUGGCAUCCCUCUGGAGACGGGACAAAAGCAGUAUAACGUUGACUACAAGUUGGAUACUUACCUGAAAAUUGCCCGACUCUACCUGGAGGAUGAUGACCCGGUGCAGGCUGAGGCGUACAUCAACCGAGCCUCGCUGCUUCAGAACGAGUCCUCCAAUGAGCAACUGCAGAUACACUACAAGGUGUGCUACGCCAGAGUCUUGGAUUUCAGGAGAAAGUUCAUCGAGGCGGCGCAGAGAUACAACGAGCUGUCCUAUAAAUCCAUCGUCCACGAGACCGAGCGCCUGGAGGCCCUCAAGCACGCGCUCAACUGCACCAUCUUGGCAUCGGCAGGCCAGCAGCGUUCCCGCAUGUUGGCUACCCUCUUCAAGGACGAGCGCUGCCAGCAGCUGGCCGCCUACGGGAUCCUGGAGAAGAUGUACCUGGACCGCAUCAUCAGGGGGAACCAGUUGCAGGAGUUUGCCGCCAUGCUCAUGCCGCACCAGAAGGCCACCACGGCGGACGGCUCCAGCAUCCUGGACAGAGCCGUGAUAGAACACAACCUGCUGUCGGCCAGCAAGCUCUACAACAACAUCACCUUCGAGGAACUGGGAGCGCUGUUGGAAAUCCCACCUGCAAAAGCGGAGAAGAUCGCCUCCCAGAUGAUCACAGAGGGCCGCAUGAACGGCUUCAUCGACCAGAUUGAUGGCAUCGUGCACUUUGAGACGCGUGAGCCGCUUCCCACGUGGGACAAGCAGAUCCAGUCUCUGUGUUUCCAAGUCAACAACCUCUUGGAGAAGAUCCGCCAGGCUGCUCCCGAGUGGGCGGGGCAGGCCAUGGAGACGCAGAUGAGUCAGUAAAAGGUCUUCCCUCUGAGACAUCAUGUCUGGCCUGCGCCAAAGGUCAUUACCCCCCCCCCCCCCCCCCACAUCCACUUGGCUCAUAUGGUGGCCACCAUGACGCUGGCAAGCCCUGUCUCUUCACCUUUGACCUUUUUAUUUGCUCCCGUUGUGAUCAUGCGGCCAACCUGACUCAGCAUUAAAGGUGCACACAGCCUGACCUCUGCUAAAUCUUCUCUUGCUUAGUUCAUCAUCUUGGCUUCAGGCUCCCAUCACUUCUUCAUAGAUGAGGACCUUCUGACCUGUAGGUGUUGGUGUAGAUAUAACUGUAGGUGUAGCUGGUGCACAAAUAGAGGUAGGAAGAACAGGAGGAGAUGCCAGGUAAUGGAAUGUCACGGCAUGACUACUAUCAGUCAGGAGAAUGAGUAUAGAGGGCUAUGUAUGAUGGGAUGUAUGGCUGUGAUGUCAUCAUUCCCCAUUCCCUCAUAUAGUGUACAAGUAAGUAAGUAAGUAAGAUGGAAUAUCAGCCAAUAGAAAUAUAUUUUAUUGAAAGGUGGAAGCAAGAAUGACAUGAUAAGAUAA